UCAGCAGUUUAACCCUCUGUUGGUGAUGCUGGCUUGUUGUAAACUCCACAUUUAGCUCAUUCAGCAGAAAUCCGCCCCAAUCAAAAGCCGCUUCCUUCCCACGCUUCCGCAUUUGCUGCUUUAUAACAGCAGCCUCCUGUCAUUCAUUCUCAGAUCACUUCCUCGCCUCCGACCAAGAUGACGAGCGCUGCGCUGCUGCUGCUGCUGGCUGCUGGGACUCUGCUCUGCUGCUUCAACAUCACGCCUGCGUUUGCCAGGGAGAGCUGUGACUGCAUCAGCUACAGCGUCACCCCCGUCCCCCGGAGAGGCAUCAAGAAGGUCGAGAUGAUUCCUCCUGCAGGACACUGCCGCCGCACGGAGAUCAUAGUCACCAUGAAGAGUGGGAAAGUGUUCUGCACCAAACCCGGGACCAGAUGGAUCGAUGAGCUCUUCAGGAAUCUGCAGGAGCGAGAGCUCAACAGCAGAUCCACUGGAUCCACUGGAUCCAUUGGAUCCACGUCCACUGAGCCGCACGUCUGAUCAACAGGUGCUGCAUCCUAUCAAGCUGUGAAUUAUCCACACUGUUUACUGUUUUUAUCAUGAGUUAUAGUUACAUUUCUUUCUUAGUAUCUUUGUGAAUGUUUAAUUCCUUUUCAAAUAAAGCUGUGGUGCUCUCAGCUGUGAA